AUGAAAUCAGACGUUGAUGAACUCCCGCUGAGGCAAAAUGGACAUCCAACUCCCGGUCUAGAAAAUCUUAUCGAACUUCCAACUUUGACAACCAGCAACUAUUGGUCAUUUGAUGAGGGAAGUGGGCAUUCACCUGCUGCUCUCAGACCUGUUGAGCCACUAUUCAAAAAGCUUGUUCCAAUCAGUUUCUAUGAUGAAGCUUUUGUUGAUAUCAGCAACGAUUUUGCUGACUUGAACAGUGCUCAGGAGACAUUCACCGUUCCACCCACAGACCCUGAAGAUUCCUUUACGAUCAUAAGUGUUUCGGAACGGAAAAUUCGUCCCCGAAAUGGUCCCUACGAUAAACUCACCAAUUCCACACCUCGGGAUCCACUCCAAUCCGGCAACGAUUUUUUCGAUUCGAACGAUGCCCAGUGGUCGUUCACCGUCCGGCCCAUGGAGCCUGAAGAUUCCGCUACAAUCAUAAGUGAUUCUGAACGAGAAACUGGCUUUCCUGACGAUCCUCUCGAUGAAUUCACCAUUUCCACACCUCCGAAUCCACUAUCUCCUGCCAUUGCUUUGUCCACGACUCCAACUCCUUCCAUUCAUAAGUUCAUUCUUGAGAAAGGACAGACCGAGCCUUCAUAUUCUUCUUCUGAAGAGACCACUCCCAUUCCUCUGAUGUCUACUACCCAAACAACUUCUGAUGAACCAUACGUUACUAUUUCUCUUCCGCUCAUUGAAGAGGACGAUACUGCUCCACGACACAUGCCUUCUGAACCUUUUGACACACCAGCACCGAUCUUGACCGAACGUCCAUCAACUUUCCAGGAGGUUCUAGAGAAUGUUUUGACAACUCAUCGAAUAUCGUACGAUAAAAUCAACGACGCUGAAGUUAAGCGUGGUCCUAAACUUCCUCACAAGAGAGGCUCAGGAGUGGUCACAUCAGAAAACAAGCAAAUCUCAACGCCGAAGAACGAGCUCAUUCAAAGGAGAAUGAUGUCUGCUUUUGUAAGAGCGGCUGGAAGACGAAUUGUUUCUCGCGAUGUUCCACUAGCGACGAAGAAGAUGAAUAUGUUUAAAAGAUCGAAGGCGUUACGAAUGCCUCGCAAACGAAUGCAUCGAAAAAAUCGCUCCCAUGGGAAGGUAAUGGAAUGA